CGCGGAGAAAACGAACUCAGCUGCUGCUCCUCAAUUCCGACAUCACAGGUUCCUCCGAAGCCGGUCCACUCACCCAGUUAUCGAUCAAGAACAACGAAGGAUUACAAUGGAAGCAGUGGAAGGCGAGGGAUCCGGGCCGCCCCGGUACACCUUGAACCCGACCCGGAUUUGCGGCGAGGACAUCCUCUUCUGCGUCGACGUCGACGCCGAGUCCCUGAUGGAGAUGAAGGCGACGGGGGCCAACGGCCGGCCGGUCACCCGGCUGGACUCGAUCAAGCAGGCCAUCCUCCUCUUCAUCCACUCCAAGCUCUCAAUUAACCCCGACCACCGCUUCGCCUUCGCCACUCUCUCCAAAUCCGCCUCUUGGCUCCGUAAGGAGUUUAGCAGCGAUGUUGACUCCGCGAUGUCCGCACUCCGGAGCCUCUCAGCUACUUCUCCUAGCGGCCAUGCCGACCUCACUCAUCUCUUGCGGCUAGCAGCUCAUGAGGCGAAGAAAUCUCUGGCACAAGGCCGAAUAUUUCGUGUGAUCCUCUUCUACUGCAGAUCAUCCACGAAGCCCCACUACCAGAGGUCAGGAGCCCAAAAGCUUUUCACACUCGACGUAAUAUACCUCCACGACAAGCCGGGACCCGACAACUGCCCCCAGGAGGUAUACGAUAUGCUCGUGGAUGCCCUUGAGACUGUGAGUGAGCACGAGGGCUACAUCCUCGAGAGCGGUCAAGGCCUCACCAGGGUCCUCUUCAGGCAGGUUUGUGUGCUCCUGGCCCAUCCCCAGCAACGCUCCCCCCAGGACUUCAUUGACUUCCCCAAGUCCCUCGCCAAGAAGUUGCCCCUGUCUGAGCAAACCCCAGGCGCUGCCGAUGACAGUGUGCCUGUCUCAACCCCGAUGAACAAAACAAACCCGUGAGUUCAUUUAUUUCCGGAAUUUUGGAGGAAGCAUCAGGUUCUUUCGCUAUCUAGGUUUAUUGUGGCACUCUUUUGGGCAUGUAUUACAGUUCUAAAUCCUGUCCUCCUGGCAUGGGUUUGCUUCUUUAGUCUGUAUUCUGUAAUAUAAUAGUUCCUUGGGCUUUACUCGGGGUUGGCUUAUCGUUAGCUCGGGUUUUGCUAUAAAAUUUGAUUGAAAUUGCAUGAACUCUAUCCGACGAGAUUACUGUUAUAGAGCCAAUGACGAGCCUCUUUCGAGAAAGAAAUGUGGUAAUUUCCUUGUUCCGUGGA